CUGAUGUAAAGUUUUGUACUGCUGCAAAAAUUGGUUCUUUCAUAAUCUCCAUUUCCUCCCUUCAAAUUGGUCAGAAAUUUGAGAUAGAGUUAUAUAAUAAGAACACUUUAUGAAUAACCCAUGUCUGUAUUCGUUUUUAACCUGAUUAGUUAAAGUUUUGUACGAGACCUUAAAUUUAUUUUAAAGCAAAGAUAAUCGGCUGGAUCAGAUUAUCAAGUGCCUUCUGUUUCCAAUAUCAUAACACGUUACGAUAAAGUCGUUCAAAGAAUCAUCAUUCAAAUCCCACAGGUAAACAAUUUACGACGACAAAAGCAACUAAUUUGCAAAACAAAACAGUGAUUUUUUCUCUAUUAUUUGGCUACUUCAUCUAUAAAAUGGGAAGAUCAUCGAAAGACAAAAGAGAUGUUUACUAUAGAUUAGCUAAAGAAGAAGGCUGGCGAGCUAGAAGUGCAUUUAAAUUGCUUCAAAUUAACAAUGAUUUUGAUAUAUUUAAGGGAGUAAAGAAAGUUGUAGAUUUGUGUGCAGCUCCUGGAAGUUGGAGCCAGGUUUUAUCGAGAAAACUUUAUGAUCAGGAAAAAAAAUCAGACACUAAAAUUGUUGCGGUUGAUUUACAGGCUAUGGCUCCCAUUCCUGGCGUGAUUCAGCUUCAAGGAGAUAUCACAAAGAAAAGUACUGCUGAUGAGAUUGUGAGUUAUUUUGAAGGUGAACAUGCAGAUUUGGUAGUUUGUGAUGGAGCUCCUGAUGUGACAGGACUACAUGACAUAGAUGAAUAUAUUCAAGCUCAGUUAUUACUGGCAGCUUUAAAUAUUACAACUCAUAUUCUCAAACCAUCUGGUUCAUUUGUGGCUAAAAUAUUCAGAGGAAAGGAUGUUACUUUGUUAUAUUCACAGUUGAAGAUUUUUUUCCCAAUGGUGACAAUAUUUAAACCUCGUAGUUCUCGGAAUUCAAGUAUCGAGGCUUUUGUGGUCUGUGAAAAUUAUUCACCUCCAACUGACUAUGUCCCAAAUAUGUCUAAUCCUUUAUUAGAUCAUCAUUAUAAUGUAGAUUUUAACAAUUUAGAAGGAUCAAAUCGUAUUUGUGUACCUUUCAUGGCUUGUGGUGAUUUAAGUGGUUUUGACUCUGACAAAACAUAUCCAUUAGAAUUAGGUACAGGACAAGGAUAUACGUACUGCCAGCCAACCCAAUCACCCAUUAAUCCACCAUAUAAAGAAGCAUGUUAUUUGAAAAGAAACGAUCUACUGUCAAAGCCAUCUAACACACAAAAAGGCGGUCAAUCAGAAGACAGCACAUGCAAAGAAAUUGAGAAGCUUUCACUUGACCAAUAAAAGAAACAUUUCUAACUUUUUUCAAAGAAAAUUGUUUUUCAAGGAAAAUUGUUUUAUAGAAUCAAAGAAUAAUAUUUAUGUAAUAAAGUUGAGAAUUGAUAAUCUUUUUUAAUACCAAAUCACAAUUUUUUUUGUUCUUUUGUCUUCUGUUACUGGUAUAGGUCAAUUUGUGUAUUUUUACUAUUGAUAAUUUCCAAACACAGACACAACUAAAAUCACAAUUUCCGAAUUUGUGGAAAUUAUAUCUGUAAACAAAAGAUAGGUGGCUUAGCAAGUUAAACUCAUUCAUUCUAACACAGAUUUGGGGUUUGAUCCAGGCAUAGGUCACAUAUAUACAUUAAUUUAAACAUUUCA